AUGUAUAGUAUAAAAAGAAAGCAAAGUGUUAUUGGUCCAUUCUGCAGUAGUCCGAAAAGAAAAGAUUUCUGUAUUGAUGCUGGUAAAGAAAACAUUCCACCAGAAGCUUUAAAUAAUGGUGCUGAAUUGCUAAAAGAAACAAGUUUCGAUAGCAAAAUUAAUUGUCCAAAGGAUACUCCAAAAAAAUUGAAAAAGAGUGCAGAUGAACCAGUUACACCAAAUACUAACUUCAAGUUACUGACAUCUUUAGCUGCUACUCUUGAUUAUGCUAAUUGCAGCACACCAAAGUCAAGGAGGACUGAAGAAAAGGAAAAUGCAUCUUUUGAUUCUGAAGCACUUGAUCAGUCAUCAUUCAUUAAGCCUAAUCGUAAAGAAAAAUCUCUCAGUGUCAUUUGUUCCAAAUUUUUUAGCAUGUAUCCAUUAUAUCCUGAAUCAGAUGCAAAACUCAUUGUUUCAUUGGAUGAAGCAUGCUUAAAGCUAAGUGUUGAAAGAAGAAGACUUUAUGACAUUGUAAAUGUUUUUGAAAGUAUUGGAAUCUUGACAAAGAAUGCAAAAAAUCAAUACCUGUGGUUUGGAAAAAGGAACAUGAUCAAAUCCCUAUAUGAGCUGAAGGCUAGAGCUUUAGAAGAGAAGAUUGCUGAAAAACUUCAGUAUGUAUUUGAUACAGAACGAAAAAAUACUUUGAAGCAAAAAUGUAUUUUAAAUGAAGUCACAGAUUUUAAUCUCAGUUUUGAAAAUCUUAUGCAGUCUGCUGGCACAGAUUUACUCGAUACUAGUCCAUAUCCAGAAAUGAGAAAGGAAAAGUCUCUUGGCAUUAUGAGCCAAAAGUUUUUGAUGCUAUUUCUUAUAUCGCCGUCUAAAGUCAUAAGUCUUGGAGUUGCUGCAAAAGUUUUGAAUGGAUUUUCACAAAGGACUGUCAAAAGUGCUCAGGUUAAAACUCAGAUACGACGUUUGUAUGAUAUUGCUAAUGUCUUUACAAGCAUUGGUCUAAUACAGAAAGAAGUUGCUCAUGCUGAUUUUGGGAAAAAGCCAGCAUUUAAAUAUACUGGACCUGAAUUAAAAGAUGGUUUGGAAAACACUGGAUUUGAACGGCAAAGUUUGUCAAGACUGAAUGCGAACGGACAUACUGCAAGGAGAACACUUGCUCGUCAUUCAUCCUUUCAAGAAAUUUGUGCUGUUGCAGAAAUUGAGCAUCAGAAAUUGAAUAUUGAAAAUACUCCUAAUUCUGCACCUCCUUUUGACAAAAAUUUGAACCCUGCCAACUCUAGCUUGGGAAAAAGAAGCUUUUCUGAUAUAAAGCUAGAAAAUUUUGAUAUAAAGGAAGAACUGCCUGAAAGUAACUUAAAGCAGAGUGAACAUCCUUUAAAACCUUUGACAACUCAGCCAGUACAAAAUUUUAAAGUCCUAAAUCUUCCAAAACCAUCAACUAGCACUAGUACUGGGUCUUUUUAUAUAAUGAAUAAUUUUGCUGGUUCAGCUCCAGUUGCUUUAUCUUCUGUUUCUACAGUUCCAACAUUUUUACUGCUCAAAAAUGUUGCAUCACUUUUCCCAAAAAAGCAACCCGAGGGAAAAAUGGCUAUAGAAAGCAAAAGUGAAAAAUAUGAAGAUUCAAACACUAUGGAACUCUCAAUGGAACAACGCAAUACUAUAUUGAAGUACUUGAACAUUUCAUUAUCGGAAGGACAAACUGCAACAAUUCAGCUUGAAGAAAAUUCUGAAUCAACAGACUCAGAAAGGAAAGCACGCAACAUAUUAAAAAUCACUAACAAAAUUAGUGCCUCAACUAUCAAAGAAAAAUUAAAACGAACUCCACCUGAAGCCAUUUCUUCAAGAGAAUCAUCUGUUCCGCCUGAUUUCAGUGAAGCAAGUAGUGUUUGCAGUACUAGAAAUAAUAGUCCAAGUACAGUUCCUUCUAAUGAAUCACCACUAAGUAUUCCUAGUGGAUAUGUGACUCCAAUUCCAUCGGCAACAGUAGAUAUGUCGUUUCCUUCUAAUAUUGAAGUUCAUGACAUUUUGAAAAAGAUUGAAAGCCAACCUCAACCAAGUGCAUCAAACUUGAAAUCUAGACCUCUAAUUAGUAAGCUUGCUGGAAGCAAUAGUCUGAAAUUUGGACAUUUUUCACCUAGUGAUUCAAAUCAGAACAGUACCAUUCAGUUAAAUUUUGAUAGUAAGCCUAUUAGUCAAGGUAUGAAUGUGUCACAAGGCAGUAAAUUCCGUACUAUCUUGCCAAAAGAAACAGUUUUACAUUCAAGUGAUAGCUUUAGCAAUGACAGCUUAAAUUUAGAAGUAUCUGAUAUUUUGAAAUAUGGAGGAGAAUCUAUUCAAAAGCAUAAACCUUUUUUAAUUGAUGAAAAAACUUUACUUAGUCCCAUCAAGAAGCCUCAGCCCUUGCAGAAAUUUUCAAUGUCCCCAUUGAAUACGCCUUCAUACCAUGCUCCAGAAACAGUUUUUGUUUUUAACAGUCCUGACAACGAUGGUACAACUGCUGUACCAAGGGAGGAGGGGGGAGAGAAACUGAAUGUUUUAACUGCCAUAGAAAAAAGAAUACCGGUAGAACAGCUGCUUCCGAAAGCUCGUGGUUAA